AUGAAAAUACGAGUUGAUCAAUUUCAAUUUAUAGCAAAUUCAAUUUUAUUUAUCUCUUUAUCUUUGAUAUCUGUUACUUUUGGAGAUUGUGUAUCAGAACAUAAUGAAGUUGGUGCAUAUUUGUUUUCUUUAGAUUGUCAAGAUGACAAAUCGAUAGAUGACACACCAAAAAGUGUUGAUUAUGACUCUGAAUCGGAACGUAUAAGAUAUUGGAUGAAUGAAUGUUAUUACGAAAAAUAUAAAAGUAAUAGCAUUGAAAAGGUAAAAGAAGAGAUAAAAUUACUUGGUAUUGAAGAAUAUUAUAAUGUUUGUGUGCAAAGAAAGGAAAAUAAAUAUUUACAAUCAAAAUUACAAACAAAAGUUAAAGUUACAAACUGUAAUAUUAAAUAA